GUUGUCUGUGUAUAUCUCACGGUCAUUGUGUGUAUACUGUAGCUUGUCUAUUACGUGGAGAAUGGCCUGCAUCAAAUUGUACUGUCUUCUGUUUUUUUUUGCUGUUUGUAGCAUCUACGGAGAUGUGUCAGGAAACGUACAGCUGAGAAAUGUCCUACUUGAUCACCAGAGGUUAUGGCAUACACAAACUAUACAUUACGCAAUGAGCAGUAAUUAUGAUGACAACCAAAGACUCCUUAUCGAGCAGGCGAUGCGGACAAUUGAGCAAGCAGUAAAAACUGGAGGAUGUGCCUGUUUCUCAUUCAGAGAGAAGAAUGUGAUUGAUGGCCAUUACUUGUAUAUUACUUAUUCGAAUAAUGGUGUAUGCUUUACUGAAGAUGUGGGGGAAAUUAAACCAAGCAGACAGCACCUUUACCUAGCUGACGACUGUUUUAACAAGAGAGAUAUAGUUUCUCUGUUGGUGGUCACAAUGGGGCUGUAUCCUGAACAUCGGAGACCCGACAGAGACCAGUACAUACAGGUUCACAUGGACAACAUACAGGAUGCUGCGCGGCCUUUCUUUAACAAGAUACCGCCCGGAGAUACAGACCUGCUCGGUCUACCGUACGACUAUGAGUCCAUCACCCACUACGGACCGUACCAGUACGCUAUCAAUACAUCUCUACCCACUAUAUCCACCAACGUCACGGGGGUCAGCUUCGGACACGGAGUCACACUCAGCUUCUAUGAUGUCCUCAAAAUACAAACACUGUACAGAUGUCAACGCUCCUUUGGAGGAAACAUCCUCAAUAUCUUCACUCAACCACCUCCAGCUGACCACUACCCCCAGUGGUUUGUUAGUUCAGGACAGAGCGGCUUGGUUUACAAUAAUGACCGCAGGUGCAGCAAAGUAACCGCAGAACAGUACCUUGCAACUGUCCUUAAUGGAGCCACGAUGAUGUCCAAUUUCACACUGCUACAAGGGAACCAUUGUGUGGGCGUGGGCUAUUGUAUGGCCUCCUGUUACCAUGACACCCGGUCCUACAUUGAACUGACGACAGGGAGAGGGAUCAGCCUAGCUAACAUCACCAGUUCAUGUUCAUGUGGACAAUGGCAAACACAAAACGUGAACUUCACAGCAGAUCAAGGAUGGAGUUUGAACAUCACUGCUCACGUGUUGUCGGGGGGAGAUCUGUUAGCCCUGGACAGCGUGGUCGUCAGCGCCGGCCCUUGCGCUUAGUGUGAAAAGCCAACUACAUAUUUGACAGUUUGGUAAUCACUAAACCAAAUAACAUUGUCCAUGAAAUUCCCAAAUGUUUUCCUUGGAAGUCGGAUAUGAGGAUGAUUUGCCCUCAGAUAACAAGAACUGUGACAAUCACACGCUCUAAAGUGCUGUACAGAACUUGAUUAAAUAUUCUACUCAAGCUUUUAUCGUAAUACACAUUUGUAUCAACCUACUCCAUAACAUUGCUAUAAUGAUCCCCUAGCAAAAGACCUCACCCUAUUUUAACGA